GCCAACGCUUCCGCGGCGGCCCAGGGGUGAAGAGGAAUAUGUGGGACCCGGGGAAGGAGGCCGCGGGGGCCGGGCCUGGGUUCCCCACUCCCGUACCCACUACAACCCCUAAUCCGUUCUCGGCCCCCGCGGACGGUAGUGCUCCAGAAGUUACUGGCCAUCUGCAGGAAACUUACUAUAAUCUCUGUAUGGAAAAGUCCCAGAAAAUUAAUACUUUUAUAUUGCAUAUACUCCAAGAAGUCGAUGAAGAACUCGAAAAGGGGUCAGAAGGAAUCACAUUAAAUAUUGCUGGUAACAGUCGCUUAAUGCCAGAAGAAAGAGUAACAGGCAAAGAUUUUUGGAUUCUUUUCAGAAUUUUAAAGAAGAGUCCAUAUAUCAGUGGUUUGGAUGUUAGAUAUAACCUCAUAAGUGAUGUUGGUGCAUACUAUGCUGCAAGACUGCUUCAGAAGCAACAUAAACUCGUUUACUUAAACCUUAUGUUUAACGAUAUUGGGCCAGAAGGUGGAGAACUGAUUGCUAAAGCACUACAUAAGAAUACAACUCUGAAAUACCUAAGAAUGACUGGAAACAAGAUUGAAAAUAAAGGUGGAAUGUUUUUUGCUGCAAUGCUACAAAUUAAUUCAUCUUUAGAAAAAUUAGAUUUGGGUGACUGUGACCUGGGAAUGCAAAGUGUGAUAGCAUUUGCUACAGUCCUAACGCAAAACCAAACAAUUAAGGGAAUAAACCUAAACCGACCUAUACUGUAUGGUGAACAGGAAGAAUCCACAGUUCAUCUAGGCCACAUGUUGAAAGAAAAUCACUGCCUUGUUGAACUACAUGUGUGUAAGCAUAAUAUAAAAAACUGUGGUAUAAAACAGUUAUGUGACGCACUGUAUCUGAACAGAAGCCUACGCUACCUUGAUGUCAGCUGCAAUAAAAUAACUUGUGACGGAACGGUGUUUUUGGCUGACGUACUGAAAAGCAAUACUACCCUGGAAGUACUGGAUCUUUCUUUUAACAGAAUAGAAAAUGCAGGAGCAAAGCAUCUCAGUGAAACUCUUGCUUCACACAACAGGAGUCUUAGAGCGUUGUCAGUAGUCAGCAACAACAUACAGGGAGAAGGACUGGUUGCACUUUCACAGUCAAUGAAAACAAAUCCCACACUCUCGAAUGUUUACAUUUGGGGAAACAAAUUUGAUGAGGCUACAUGUGUGGCUUAUUCAGACUUAAUUCAAACGGGCCGUCUAAAACCAGACAAUACAGAUGUGGAGCCAUUUGUGGUGGAUGGACAUAUGUAUCUUGCAGAAGUCUCCAAUGGCCUUAAAAAGCAUUACUACUGGAGACCAAUUUAUGGAGAAGCUUGCACAAACUCACCUAAUGCAGGUUUUGCUCUUGUACCAAGAUGAAUGUGAAUCACCCAGGACAGGACAGAUGGUUGCUAUCAGGAUGAGUCUGUGCUGAAAAACAAAAUCUUAAAACAUCUGGAAUUGGCUGAAAAAUACAUACUCUACAGUUCAUAUUAACUAUGUGUGAAAUGGAUUUCAAGUUGUUGGUAUUUUUUUAGAUAAAUAUAGUUUAUAUGUUAUAUCAAAGAAAAUUACCACAAUCUGAUCAUGGAAUUUUACAAAUAAUACGACCUUCCACUGAUGUGAAAAUCACAUAAAGAUCUGCCAUUGUUUACAGUGGAACUAACAAAGCUAUACUUUAUAGACUAUGGAAUUCUAUAAAUGACAUUAUGUAUCCUGACACUUAAACUGACUGAUUUUACUAGUUACUGAUUUUACUUAUUAGGUUUUACCAAACCUUACUUGGCAACAUUCUAUGUGUUCAAAUCUUAUUUUAUUUCCAUUUUAAGAUCUCUGCUUUGCAGAUAUAAAGACUGGUUGUUUUUUAGAGAGUUCUUUUACAUUAUCACAUGUUGAGUAGUCUAGAACUAAAUAUCUGUAUCUAAAAAGGCAAUAUAUCCCAGGAAAAUCAAAUGUCUUUGUACCGUAAAAAUUGCAAUAGGAAAUGAAUAAAAUUUUUUCUUUUAAUCAAAUUUGAAAA